UGAGAGAAAUAUUCACAAAUUUCUCCAACUUUGGCCUUACUUGGUGUCAAUUUCUUGCUAGAAGACAAUACAGAGCCGUAUAUACGAAUGGCAUAUGGAUUUUUCAACAAUAAAUUAGGGUUGAUGCUCAUAUUAUAGUCUGAAAUGUCAUAAUGUGUCAUUUCCUGAUUUUUUUUCUAGAGAUCUAAACUGGAUCUAAAUAAUUUUUGGAAAAGCUUAGCCUAGCGUAAGAGACCAAUAGCAUAAGGUUUUAUUUUUGGAGAAAUCUAAUUUGUGGCCCUAAAGACUACAUAUUGAUGUGUAUUACCACGGAAGUCACAUUGAUUAUUGCUACAGAAAUAAAUCGUAAAGCUCAGUCGAACUAUUGGGAACAAAUAAGGUGUGAAGGCAAAGAAUAGCAAAGCAAUGAGAGGAAAAAUCAAGAUGCAAAACUAUUUUAGGAUAUGCGUAAUGUUGCUGCUGUGUUUAGUUCCAAAUAUUUUGGGAAAAGCUGUACUUGUUCCAGGAAAAACAGACAGUGGAGAUGUAGAGAAGAAACAAAUUAAUGCUCAAUCACAUAUACUGCAAAAUCAAAAUUUAAAUGACGUUGAAGAAAACGAUAUGAACCAAGGUAAUGCUAAUAAAAAAAAUUCAGAUACACUUCGAGUGGAACCUAUGCAAGUGGAAGAGCCACUCAAAAAACUUGACAAGGAAGACCUUAACCCACCAGACCAUCUUGAUGCAGUUAGAAUGGAGCAAGAUGGACAUCUUAACAAAGAUUGGCGCAAAGAAGUCUUUCUCGGGGAACAUGAAGAUUUUGAUCAAAGCACCAGAGAAGAACAAGAUCAAAAGUUAAAGAUGGUGUUUUACAGGUACAUGUAGCCAUUGAAUUUGUGAAAUGUCAAUGAAUUUUGCUGUUUGAAAUGUUCCUGUUGUUGGUUGUCUUUUUGUAUUUUUAUAACCUUCAUAUUUAUUUAUUUUCCUGUGAAUUUUCAAGAUAUAUUUCAAAUUCUAAUAUGAUACUUGACAUCACAAUAUUAAUAGACUAGAUGCGAGCAGAAAUAAUCUUGAUUUAGGUUAUUAAAUAUUCAAAAUUCAGUACAUCUAAAAAUAUGGUUUCGAAAAUUGUCUA